CUGCGUUACUGCUUUUGUUUCCCCCUUAGACCUCUCCAACUGAAGGAUGCCAUUCUUGAAAGGUGGAAGAGCAGCAGUAACUAGAACAAAAAAGUACUUGGAAGCUGGACGAAUAAUUUUAAAUGAUGGUGUCAAAAUUAUGGUUAUCAAUCAUAUUCCCGGGGCUGAAAUAUCGCAUGGAUGCGAUGAAUUCAUUAAAUGGCAUCUACCACCAUUACAAUUUCGAAAUCCAAACGUUCAGAUAAUUACAUUCAAAAAUAUGUUUCCAACACCAUUCAUUAAAGUAUAUCUUGAAAAAGAUGAAGAACAGGUGGUCAAUUGUGCUUUUCGUAAAAAUGCCGAUAUCUAUGAUCAUUUGCACACACUGCUUGGAAAGACAACUUCACAAUCGGAUGAGUCAUUAGCAGUAAAUGAUCAGACUACAAGAAACCCGUCGAAUUUUGGAACAGAGUAAGUUUUUGGUAUUUAUAAGGUGGUGAUGUGAUUAAUUGUCAUUUCUUUUUUUAACCGUAUGUAUAGUUUCCCACGUCAGUGUAUCUGUGAAGUAUAUGGACAAAUGCCGUGUUCAUCUCAUAUAGGCAAACCAAAAUUAUGGUCACAUUUACAAUAUACCCUACCAUCAGUCGAUUUGGAGACGAUUAUACCUCGGAAAUAAUUAGUCAGACUAUUUGAAUAUUAUUACUUGUAUGUGUAUAUAGGUAUUUUUAAGAAGCAUGUUAUUAUUCCUGCUCCUUUUUUAAAUAAUAAUAUACUUUAUUCCAAAAACAGUACUUAUAAUACAGAAUGGAAUUCUCAGCAUUUGUCACAAUAUUGCAUCUGAU